GAGAGAAAGAAAGAUGGGCGUUGAGGCGUUUGAUUGUCUGCGAAACUAUCUCCAAGUAAAACGUUGCAAGAAAUCGUAUCUAGAUAGGUGCACAAGGACGGUUCAUUCUUUUUUUCAACUCCCUUUUAAUGAUUUUCGUAUCGAGAUUUCGUGACCAGCUUAUCCUAAUCAAAAAGUAUCUACAUACGCGCGAAAUUAUUCGGAUCUUACUCAAUGAAAGCUCCAUUUAUCAAUCCACAGCGAAACGCGCGCGUACAUAAUAAACGCGAACACGUGGUUAUUUAGCAUGCCUGCCUCGCUCAGCAAUAAUUUAAUAAAGCGCGUCUGCAAUUUAAUCAUGGAUCCGUGGGGUCAUUCAGAUCGCACGUCGGCGGCGGGCGCGAGCAGCGGUUUAUCUCUUGGUAGCUAAAUUUAACGAUGUCAUUGAACCUAUUUCUUUCAGGUAUGCGACCGUAAUAUUUUUAACAAACAUUUAUCAAGAAUAUAUAUAUCCCGUCACGAAAGAGAAUCCGUUAAUACUCGAUAAACCGUAUUAUUUUACUGCACGUGUACGCGAUUUUUCUGACACACACUAUACAUAUCAAACGGCGAAAGCAGUGAAAAAAUACCGGGAGAUCUUUACCGGGAUAGAGCUGGCAGGACUAAAAUUUCUUCAAAGAACACUUCAGGAACAGAUAUCCUGGACAAAGGAAUAUUGCCGUAGGUAUCAAAAAGGACAAGAGACUGGACAUCAAUACUAUUUUAGCGGAUGAAUAGCAAAAGUUCCGAGUAACUUUAUAGCAUCUCGAAAUUCACCACAAUCGCCUCGAACGUUAAAUUCACCAGCAGGCCAACAAGAGAUAUGCCUUUGGGUGCGACAAGGAAUAAUUUUCUUUCGUAUGUGAACUUUUAUUCAAUCGUGACUCCUCAUUGACAUUAUUUAUCUAAUCGUAACAUAACAAACGUAUCUGUUUGCUUAAGACGCUGGAAUCGAUAUUGUCAUACGAAAGCAUCAAAAAGCGCGCAAGAAGACACGCGAUUAAUAUAUAUAUGGGUUGGCAAAUGGCAAACAUAUGUACUUGCUGCGCGCGCGUGUCUCUUUCUCUUCAUAUACUAAAGCAUACUUGCAUUCUUCAUCAUGUCGAGAAAAAGUUUGGUACAAUUUGGCGAUUUAAGGUAUCGCUAAGGGAAAAGACGACAGAACCUGACGGCAAUUGCUCCGAAAGCCGACACGCAAAGAAGCGCGACGGAGGGUGGAGGUGGACGAGCACGUGCUCACCGAGUGAUAGAAUUUUUUUCCCGAGCUAAAUAAGGUGACUCGAUGUUGGUGGGGCAAUAACGAGCGAAUGGGAAACGCGAACGAGUCAGCGUGCGGAGCGAGUCUAACGAAGAAACCGAAAGGGAGAAGGAGAAAGAACGAAACUUGACAGCUGCUGAGGAGUCAUGGUGUGCGUAAUGUGUGCACGUGAUCGAGAGAGCGAGAGAGAGAGAGAGAGAGAGAGAGAGAGAGAGAGAGAGAGAUUGAACCUAUGUGAAAAUACGGGAGCAAGCGGGAUCGACGAUGUGUGACAGAGUUUGCAGUAACCAGUGAGGUAUCUCGAGUUUGUCGUUGCUGGGAACAAAGGUAGCGAUCUCUUACGCAGUAAAUCCGGUUUUGUCGCUCUAGGGCGAGAAAAUGGUACAAGCUUAUCGAAGCGAAAAUGUAUGAUCCUAGACAAGCAGAGUUGUCUAGCCGGUUUCUCUCAUCAAGACCAAAGUAUACUUGAAAAAAGAACUGGCAUGUCGUCUCAAAGUCGAAGAAGAAAAUGCCUCCUCUUUCUAUCCUAUCCAUGUGAAAUCAACAAACUGCAGCGUUCGAAUGGUGAGCGAUAGGAAUUAAUCAACUUGUUCCCAUGAGCGCACUUGCGUCGGUCCUGAGCCGAAGGAGCGAGCAAGACGGAGACUACUCGCGCAGGUAAAUGAAUGAACGAGUGCGAGAAGGUUCCGAUGGCAGGAGAGGAAGGACGAGAGAGGGGUAGAGACGCGAGUUUGUGCAUUUGCGGCAUGAAACUCACGCGCAUGUUCAGUCGUGCAUUACCACCGUAUCCAGGUGCGUUCUCUCGUAUCGCAGGUGCACUCGCAAAUUCGCUCGCGAAUUCACUUACGUGAACCGCCGGAGCCACGAAAUCAGCGCGGAUUCGCGACUCAACGGAACGGACGUGAGAAGAAAGAAGAUCGGCAAAUCGUGUAUACGUGGUCGGAGUGAAGCUGCAGCUGGACGCAUCGUUGCGGAGAAUGUUUCUCGUCGCACCGGUCGACAAUAAUCGUUGGGUUUACGCAAUGCAUGGACUGGAAAAGCCCAUGGAUCAUGUGUCCGCCGGCGGUGUGAUGGCAGGUUCCAUUGCCACUUUGGCGAUUCUCUGGAUGUCCCUGCAGACGAUCGGGUUUUUGGGACACUCGCACUCAAUCAGCACUUCCAAGUUACCUGGCUCUUUACAAAACUACCUCACCAGUUACAACGGAUUCCCAGCCACUAAUUACGGUUAUGAGGCCAUCGUGGAUACGGGCCGUUUUCAAAAUCGGCGAUUUCCCAGAAUCGACGGAGCAACUCUAAACAACUCGAUCGCGUUUGCUCAGACAUUGGUCGACCGUAUGAGCACUCUCGAGAACAACAUUGCCAAUGCCGGUGUCCAGCUCCAGCCACGGAGCCCGGCUGAGAAACAAUACUGGAAUUCCUAUCCUUCGGCAGACGCAUUCGAGAGGAGCAUCGAUGCCAUCGUAGCUACGAAGGCAUCGUCGUAUCUCAUGCACCAGAACUGCCGAAGGUUUGGUUUGGACAAGAACGACUGCGCCCGCUACGUAUCGACAUUGAGACUGCAAGACACCCAGCUCGGAGCAGCCUGCUCCGCGGCGCAUAGCGCGAACUGCAACGGGGACUACAAGUAUCGCAGCAUCGACGGCAGCUGCAACAACGUUGAUAACCCGAGCUGGGGCAGCGCGAUGACCGCGUAUACCAGAGUGCUCUUCUCCCAGUACUUCGACGGCAUCCAAGAACCGAGGCGCGUUGGACAAACCAAGAAACCAUUGCCUAGCCCGAGACUCGUAAGCGCGACUCUGACGACCUCGAACGAUCAGUCGGACGCCAGCAGAACGUUGGCUGUGAUGGAGUGGAGUCAAUUCAUCGCUCAUGACAUGGCCCACACACCAGUUCGUAAAAUGGUUUCAACCGGGAAACCAAUAUCUUGCUGUCAACCGGACGGAGAUACCUUAUCGCCGCGUCACGUACAUCCCGAUUGUUCUCCCAUCAGUGUGCCAGAUCGCGACCCUGUUUACGGCGAACAUUACGUUCGAUGCAUGAAUUACGUUCGAUCGUUACCUGUCUUAAGAUCUGAGUGUACUUUCGGACCUGUGGAACAGAUGAACCAAGUGAGUCACUUUUUGGACGGUUCCACGAUUUACGGAUCUACCUUGAAGAAAUCUCGCGAUCUCCGCACGUUUGAAGGUGGCCGUCUGCGCAUUCAAGUUCACAAUAAUCACGCGUACUUGCCACAGGGUGAUGCCGAACUUACUUCUCAAUGCGGAGAAAGUUGCUACAACUCUGGUGACGAUCGCGUAAACAUCGAGCCUCAAUUAGCUGCGAUCCAUACAGUUUGGCACCGCGAGCACAAUCGCAUCGCCGACGAGCUUGCCAGGUUAAAUCCGGAUUGGUCGGACGAAGUCCUUUAUCAAGAAGCCAGGCGUAUCGUAAUUGCCGAGAUUCAACAUAUCACUUACAAGGAGUGGCUGCCCAUCUUGCUGGGCAGGAGAUAUAUUCGCGCUAUCGGCCUCAUCGUAGGAAAUAAUUACAGUCGUAGCUACAAUUCCGGCGACGAACCGGCGGUCAGCAACGAAGCUGCCACCGCAGCGCUGCGUUUUCUGAAUUCGUUGAUACAAGGAGAACUGAGUCUGCCCGACAAUUCGCGUCAGCAGAACACGACGCUUCAACUAGUAGAAUAUUUCUUCAACCCGCGUGUGAUCGAAUCGGAACAAGUACUCGAUGGAUUAAUUCGUGGUCUUGCCACUCAGACCAGCCAGAAAAUGGAUAUCAGCCUCAUUCCAGAUAUGACGAGCAAGUUAUACACCAAUAGCGGAAACGACUUGGGUCUAGACGCCAUCAGUUUGGACAUUGAACGCGGCCGUGAUCAUGGCCUUCCAGGGUACAGCUAUUAUCGCAGAUACUGCGGGCUUCCAGCUGCCAGAACUUUCGAUGACUUUUUAGAUUACAUACCUGCGGAGAUGGUGAGGAAACUACGUACGACCUAUUCUCAUCCCAACGACGUCGAUCUUAUCGUGGGUGGAAUGGCGGAAAGACCGGCGGAUGAUGGCAUGGUCGGGCCGACCUUCCGUUGUCUUAUUUACGAGCAAUUUUCCCGAUCUCGACGUACCGAUAGAUUCUUCUACGAUUCCGCGUUACAACCACAUCCAUUUACAUCUGAGCAAUUGGCUCAGCUGCGUAACGUUACCUUGGCACGGAUAUUUUGCGAUAAUGGUGACAACAUUACCCAUAUGCAGCGCAAUGUAUUCCUGAAGCCGCAGACGGGGAAUGAAUUGAGACGUUGCACGGAUUUCGAGGCGAUACCCAGCGUAGACCUGUUCGCCUGGGCGGAGAGAGCGAAAGCGUAUCGUUGAACUGCCCGACUAAUUGGCUGGUCACAUUGUAUCCGUUCGCCCUAAACGUAGAGCGAGCCUGAAGAGGACGAAAGCGAUUGUGUGAGACUAUAUAGUAGUCUUAUCAGAAUCGUCAGAGGCGUCACGACGAGGACGACGAGGACGACGAGUGACAGAUGCAGCGCGAAGCACAACAACAGUGAAAUCACGUGACUAGUCGAUUAAGAAGAUAACCAGCAACUAGAGCCAGGUUGUACAGAAAUGAACGUAACGCCGAUAUCCUUGGCUGUCGCGAAAACCAUAUUUGAGUUUUUUACUCCACAACAGAGCUUUGCUCGCAAGACUGCAUUUCGCGACAGUCUGAUAUUAUAGUCUGAUGAUGUAGACGUAAAUAGUCUUGUGUAUCUAUAUGAGGUGAUGGACACUGCGUUCCUUGCGUUUAUCGAAGUAUUACGCAUGCGUAGACGAUUGCAUUGAUUCAAGACUUAAGUUUCAAAAGUUUCAAGUUACUUUGCAACUGAUCGGUUUUGCGAGGACUUCAAAACAGCGAAAUUGUUAUGGAACAAAAAACAACGUUAAAGAGACAUUAUCUCCGAUUACGAGAAUCCAAACAUCUGGUCAAUAAAGAUGGAAUAUCUUGACCAAUGAAUACAAAUUAGAAUAAUACAAGACGAAAUAAAUAAAUAAAUAUAUGUGUGUGUGUGUGUGUGUGCGCGUGCGCGCGCGAAAAUAUAUCUCAAAAUUGAAAACUACAUUUUCCAUUCUUGGAAAUAAUUUCAAUUGAAUCGAAACUGCAGUUGCAAGCAAUAAUAUAUUAGACGGUGAGUAAUGCAAUAAUCGAUUUUUAAUAUGUUAUAAAAGAUAUCGAAAAUAUCGAUAUUGCAUCUUGUUUUUUUUAUAACUGUUAACGUAUUGAUGUUAUCAAAGGAUAUGUCUUUUUUACAUCAGGAAUUUUCUAGGCACACAUAUCUGCCCAAAAUAUUUAUUUCAGAGUGUGUGAUUUGUAACUUAUGUGGGACAAUGGUUCACACAUGAAACAGAAACCUAGUUAUCAAACAACAAUUUUUAUAAUUUGAACAAUAUUGUAAAGAUAGCACCAUGAGCGAAUAAAUUAUGUUUUAUCAACUAUA